UUGGAGUGGUAGUGUAAGCGUGCGUGAUCCGAAAAAUUUUCCGGCAAUGGAAUACAAUCUGCGAACCGUGACCAAAUCGUGCGAAAAGUACAAACGUCUCCGGUUUCCGUUGAAGAUAUGGAUUCUGGUGAACGCGAGUGGCAACCGUUUCCUCUACUGGGACGUCACGGAAACCGUGGUCGUGGUGGAUCGCGAAGCGCUGGAACACUAUCUGGCCUCGUCUGGGUCGAUUUUCAGCUUCGGGAAGUUGUCCACGUUCUUCUGGCUGAUGGAUUACCAUGGAUUCGAGCUUGAAGGAGGCUUUGGCGAGGAUAAGAUCAUCCUACAGUACAAGCAUACGUCGUUCACGCGGGAGAAUCGCGCCUACUUUGAGCAGCUGCUGCGCAGUCAGAGGCAGCGGGAGGUGAUCAACGCUGAAAAGGGAAAUUGUUCCGUUCAUCGCACCAAGAUUCCGCGUAGCUUGAAACAGUGCGAAGCGGAUACCAACGGAAACGGAACUGCUCCGUCUCGGUUGUCGUCCAGCAGCUUUGCCCAGGAAAAGUUCAAUUUGCUGAUGGAAAUCAAGUCGUUGGAUAAGUCGGUUCGAGAGGCGUACGGGAGUUUGGCCAAAUCGGAUGACUGCGAUGGGAUGGUUCCGAUCAUUGAGGUGCCGGAUACGUACUGCGACGAACCGGUGGCCAGCGUUCCGGCGUACACGAAGCAACGUCUCAUCGCUGGGAACUACGGACGGGCCAAUUUGAAAGAUUUGAAGCGGUUCUUCGGGGAUUACCUUCCGGUGUAUGAGGACUCUCCUGAUACAAUGGAAACGACAUGUCUUGAAGCUCCGGAAGCCCCAACCGAGGAAACGAAGGAAGAAACCGUAUCCGAAAUUGUCCUCUCAUCAUCACCGGAAAUGGAAUCCGAGUCUUUACCAGUCCUGCUGGUCGAAAAACCGGAACCGAUAAAUACGCUGGAGACUUUCGAUUACCAGGACAAACCAAACACGAUGGACAACCAGGACCCCGUCAAGAGUGAUGUGGAGAAUUAUGUGCCAGCCGUCAUUCGCGGUGAGGAUUUACCGUUGAUAAGCUUCGAAAACGGGGCAGAUGAAUUCGGGCCGAUGCAAGAUAGUGCCAAUAGCGUCGUGGCCAACGGCCAGAUGGACGAAGCACAGUUCCAGCUGUAUUCGGACAUUCGCGAGACGUUCGAGCUGUUGAAUCAGUUUUGAAUUGUAUAUUUUCUAGAUUAGGUUAACAUUA